AUGAGAGAAGGGGAUGGAAUAUGGGAGAAGGGGAUGGAAUCUGGGAGAAGGGGAUGGAAUCUGGGAGAAGGGGAUAGAGUUUGGGAGAAGGGGAUGGAAUCUGGGAGAAGGGGAUGGAAUCUGGGAGAAGGGGAUGGAAUCUGGGAGAAGGGGAUGGAAUCUGGGAGAAGGGGAUGGAAUCUGAGAGAAGGGGAUAGAGUUUGGGAGAAGGGGAUGGAAUCUGGGAGAAGGGGAUGGAAUCUGGGAGAAGGGGAUGGAAUCUGGGAGAAGGGGAUGGAAUCUGGGAGAAGGGGAUGGAAUCUGGGAGAAGGGGAUGGAAUCUGGGAGAAGGGGAUGGAAUCUGGGAGAAGGGGAUGGAAUCUGGGAGAAGGGGAUGGAAUCAGGGACAAGGUGAUGGAAUCGGGGAGAAGGGAUAGAAUCUGGGAGAAGGGGAUGGAAUCUCGGAGAAGGGGAUGGAAUCUGGGAGAAGGGGAUGGAAUUUGGGAGAAGGGGAUGGAAUCUGGGAGAAGGGGAUGGAAUCUGGGAGAAGGGGAUGGAAUCUGGGAGAAGGGGAUGGAAUAUGGGAGAAGGGGAUGGAAUCUGGGAGAAAGGGAUGGAAUCAGGGAGAAGGGGAUGGAAUCUGGGAGAAGGGGAUGGAAUUUAGGAGAAGGGGAUGGAAUCUGGGAGAAGGGGAUGCAGUCAGAGAGAAGGGGAUGGAAUUUGGGAGAAUGGGAUGGAUUUGGGAGAAGGAGAUGGAAUCUGGGACAAGGGAAUGGAAUCUGGGAGAAGGGGAUGGAAUCUAGGAGAAGGGGAUGGAAUCUGGGAGAAGGGGAUGAAAUCUGGGAGAAGGGGAUGGAAUCUGGGAGAAGGGGAUGGAAUCAGGGAGAAGGGGAUGGAAUCUGGGAGAAAAGGAUGGAAUCUGGGAGAAGGGGAUGGAAUCUGGGAGAAGGGGAUGGAAUCUGGGAGAAGGGGAUGGAAUCAGGGAGAAGGGGAUGGAAUCUGGGAGAAGGGGAUGGAAUCAGGGAGAAGGGGAUGGAAUCUGGGAGAAGGGGAUGGAAUCUGGGAGAAGGGGAUGGAAUUUGGGAGAAGGGGAUGGAAUCUGGGAGAAGGGGAUGGAAUCUGGGAGAAGGGGAUGGAAUCUGGGAGAAGGGGAUAGAGUUUGGGAGAAGGGGAUGGAAUCUGGGAGAAGGGGAUGGAAUCUGGGAGAAGGGGAUGGAAUCUGGGAGAAGGGGAUGGAAUCUGGGAGAAGGGGAUGGAAUCUGGGAGAAGGGGAUGGAAUCUGGGAGAAGGGGAUGGAAUCUGGGAGAAGGGGAUGGAAUCUGGGAGAAGGGGAUGGAAUCAGGGACAAGGGAGAAGGGGAUGGAAUUAGGGAGAAGGGGAUGGAAUCAGGGAGAAGGGGAUGGAAUCUGGGAGAAGGGGAUGGAAUCUGGGAGAAGGGGAUGGAAUUUGGGAGAAGGGGAUGGAAUCUGGGAGAAGGGGAUGGAAUCUGGGAGAAGGGGAUGGAAUCUGGGAGAAGGGGAUGGAAUCUGGGAGAAGGGGAUGGAAUCUGGGAGAAAGGGAUGGAAUCAGGGAGAAGGGGAUGGAAUCUGGGAGAAGGGGAUGAAAUUUGGGAGAAGGGGAUGGAAUCUGGGAGAAGGGGAUGCAGUCAGAGAAAAGGGGAUGGAAUCGGGGAGAAGGGGAUGGAAUCAAAGAGAAGGGGAUGGAAUUUGCGAGAAUGGGAUGGAUUUGGGAGAAGGAGAUGGAAUCUGGGAGAAGGGAAUGGAAUCUGGGAGAAGGGGAUGGAAUCUAGGAGAAGGGAUGGAAUCUGGGAGAAGGGGAUGGAAUCUGGGAGAAGGGGAUGGAAUCUGGGAGAAGGGGAUGGAAUCAAGGAGAAGGGGAUGGAAUCUGGGAGAAGGGGAUGGAAUCUGGGAGAAGGGGAUGGAAUCUGGGAGAAGGGGAUGGAAUCUGGGAGAAGGGGAUGGAAUCAGGGACAAGGUGAUGGAAUCGGGGAGAAGGGAUAGAAUCUGGGAGAAGGGGAUGGAAUCUCGGAGAAGGGGAUGGAAUCUGGGAGAAGGGGAUGGAAUUUUGGAGAAGGGGAUGGAAUCUGGGAGAAGGGGAUGGAAUCUGGGAGAAGGGGAUGGAAUCUGGGAGAAGGGGAUAGAAUCUGGGAGAAGGGGAUGGAAUCUGGGAGAAGGGGAUGGAAUCUGGGAGAAGGGGAUGGAAUCAGGGAGAAGGGGAUGGAAUCUGGGAGAAGGGGAUGGAAUAUAG